AUGCCUCGCUAUGAUGACCGUUACGAUCGCUACGAUGACCGUUAUGAUCGUUAUGACGACCGUUUUGAUCGCUAUAAUGACCGUUAUGAUCGGUAUGACCGAUAUGGUGGCAACACCAAGUUGUACGUGGGCCAUCUUUCUACGCACACCCGGACCAAGGAUGUUGAGUACCUUUUCGGCAGAUAUGGGAGAAUACGAUGUGUGGAGCUGAAGUAUGAUUAUGGCUUUGUUGAGUUUAGCGAUCCCCGGGAUGCAGAUGAUGCAAGGUAUGAGCUUGAUGGCCAAGAGGUUGAUGGGAGCCGCAUCAUUGUUGAGUUUGCAAGAGGGACCCCGCGUGGCCCAGGAGGUUCCCGCGAGUACUUGGGCAGAGGACCCCCUCCUGGUUCUGGCCGCUGCUUUAACUGUGGGAUUGAUGGGCACUGGGCUCGUGAUUGCAAUGCUGGCGACUGGAAAAAUAAGUGCUAUCACUGUGGAGAAAAGGGCCAUAUAGAAAAAAACUGCCAGAACAGUCCUAAGAAUAUCAACUUUUGCAAAUACAGGCGGGGAAGAAGCUACUCACGCUCCCCACCACCUCAUCGCGAAAGGAGCCUAAGCAGGAGUUACAGCCGAUCGCCUUAUCCAAGGAGGGAUGAUCGAGCUGUUGGCCAUGAGGAAAGGCGACCAAGAAGCUCUAGUUACAGCCCUAGGAGGAGUGCUUCACCUGCUUCACCUUCCGGUUUGAACCGCAGCCCAGCACCAAAUGGCAAGAGCCACCCACCAAAGGAGCAAGCUGAAGUCAAUGGUUCACAUAACGGUGUGAGAGGCAACAGCCUGAGUCCCGCCCGUGAUAGCCGCCCAGCCACCAACAGAAUGAGCCCUAGCCCCUGGGAGUGA